AUGGAUUCUAAAGAUGAAAGUUCAAUCUACCUUCCGGAGCUGAGCUCUGUCCUGGAUCCUUCAGCUUGCGGUACCAUAAGCGAGAGCAUCGAUUCUUCCUCCUUGGUGUCGGUAAGGAAUGACCCGGUCACCCAUCCAUUGAAAGUAUAUUUGAGAGUGCGACCCUUUUCUAAAACUGAGCUUGCUAGCAAUGAAUCCCAGGAUUGCGUGACUACUGAAAGCUCAGAGGUGGUGUCUCUCCAGGCUCCUAGAGAUUCAUCUGCUAUGAAAAACUGUGAAAGGGGCAUCGGCCAAUCUGUACACAAAUUUACUUUUAGUCGGAUUUUUGGCCCCGAUACAUCCCAAGCUGAGUUCUUCAAAGGCACAAUGAAAGAUUUAGUCGAUUCCUUUGUUACUGGGCAGAACGGUCUCGUGUUCACGUAUGGAGUAACCAAUGCUGGGAAAACCUUUACCAUUCAAGGUACCCCAAAAGACGGGGGCAUACUUCCACGGUCUCUGGAUGUCAUCUUUAGCUAUGUACGGGGAAGGCAAUACCCAAAAAUGAAUUUGAAGCCUUAUCUUGGCAAUGAUGUUAUGAAAUUGGAUCCUACACAGGUCAAGCAAGAAGAAGCCAUGAAAAUGCUGCUUCUUUCUUCACUGAAGGAGGAUGGGAUGAAGACUUCUUUAAGCUCAAGUAACCUGAAGCAAAGUGUGCCUACUGAAGUACCAUCAGACUUGGGUAAUGCAUGCUCUCACCUUUAUCAGUUCUCCACUUGGGUGUCAUUCUUUGAGAUAUACAAUGAGUAUGUUUAUGACUUGUUGGACCAGUUUCCCUCCUCAAAAAAUCAAAAGCGACCAGCUUUGAAAAUCUGUGAUGACCAGUCUGGAACCUCUUACGUGAAAGAUUUGAAGUGGUUUAAUAUCACUAGUACAGAAGAAGCAUGCAAAAUACUGCAAGCUGGCAACAAAAACAGAAGUCUGGCAUCUACUCGAAUGAACCAACAGUCCAGUCGUAGCCAUAGUAUAUUUACUGUACGGCUUAUCAAACUAAGUUCUGGAGAUGACCCUAAUGUACUUGGCAUGUCAGAAAUCUCUCUCUGCGAUCUGGCUGGCUCUGAGCGGUGUAAUAAAACUCAAACCGUCGGUGACCGCUUGAAAGAAGCGGGCAAUAUCAAUAAUUCUCUGCUCAUCCUUGGCAAGUGCAUCGCUGCUCUCAAGCAAAGUCAGAACCCAAAAAAAGCCAACUAUGUUCCAUUCAGGGAAAGCAAACUGACUCGUCUGUUCCAGCCAUUUUUUUGCGGAAAAGGAAAAGCUUGUAUGAUUGUGAACAUUAACCAGUGUGCGUCUACAUAUGACGAAACGCUUCAUGUUAUGAAAUUCUCAGCAGUCGCUAAACAAGUUGUUCAAACUAUUCAACCAAAAAGCUUUGAGUUCAUGAACUCAAGACUAGUGGGAAAAGAUGGUAAGGUUAUAACUGAUAUUGAUGCCAAUGUGUCUAUUGAAGACCUCCUUUCAGAGGAUGAGGAUGAAGAAAUGGAUAUUAGUAUCUUGAGUCCAGAGGACCUUCUGAGAAAGAUAGAAGAGCUUAAAGAAAAGCUACUCGCUGAGCGCCAAAGCAAGCUUGUCAUUGAAUUACAGAUAAGGAAAGAGAUGGGUGAAGCUAUGUAUCAGCAGAUGGUGGAUCUUGAAGAAUCUUAUGGCAAACGGUUCGAAGAUCUAAAAGAGAGCUAUGAAGAACAACUGGAGAACAGGUUAGAUAUGUACAAGAAGGCAAUAAAAAACCAUGCAUACCGGCAAGCUCUGGAGGAACUUGAAGAUAACUAUGUACCAUUGGAAGAAUUUCAGACGGAACAGGAAAAAGUUGAGGAACGAGAUAACCGAAUACAAGAGUUGGAGAUUGCACUUGGUCAAAAAAGAUAUUCAGAUGGAGAUGAAACUAGCCAAGAUCCCAAUGCUAUGCCCCAGGUUUUGGAUGCCUUCAUGAAAAGGUGUCAAGAGAAAGACAAGAUCAUAUCAAAUCUAAAGGGUCAGGUUGAAGAGAUUAAAGAUGAGGCUGCAUUAAACACUGCACGGUUGAACGAAGAAAUCAAAGCAUUGAAGCAACAUCUAAAAAUCAAGGAGCAGGAAGUGAAGGGUCUUCAGAACCUCGCGGAACGUGCUAUCCAGCUCGAGGCGUCUGUAGCAGAGCUUCAGGGAGAACUUGAUGAAAGCCGUAAACUUGUGUCGUCGGUGGAUGUUUGUGAACCAAAGCCUAAAAAGGGCUUGUUUUCCAAUCUUAGAAGCAUGACUGGCACACCAAAGAAAAACAGCAAAUCGACUGAAAAACCAGAAGCCACAGGUACUUCUAGGAAAAGACCGCUUCUGUCUCGUGUAUAAAGAAGCAAAAA